AAUUGUUACUUGACAAUGUGAAAGAAAUAAUGGUUAAAAUAACAUUUUUAAGGUUGGAAAAUCUGUCAGAAUUUAGUGAGCACGUGUUGCGAUAGGAAUAGCGCAUAAAAUUUGAAAUAACAGCAUACAAUUUAUUUGCAAAAAUGACCAGGUACGCAAGAGGAAAAGGAUCCAAAGCAUCAAAUGAAAAGUUGCCAAAUGAGCCCACUCCGUGGCAUGUAAUGAAACAGCAAUUAGAGGAGAACAAAAACAAGGAACCUUUGGAGAAGAAAAAAGGAGCAAAAGAAUUAUUAAAAGAUCAAGAAAGCAUGUUGGACAAUAAUACAAAUGAAAACACUUGGGCAGAAUUUGAAGAGAAUAAUUCUAAAUUUAAUAAAAAGAAAAUGCUUAAAAAUUUAAAAACAAAUAAAAAUGAUACAAAUCUUACAAAAAUUUCUCAAAACAAUGACAUUGUUACACCUGAAAGUAACAACAAUACAAAAUCCUUGGAGAAGAAAAAAAGAGCAAAAGAAUUAUUAAAAGAUCAAGAAAGCAUGUUAGAUAAUAAUACAAAUGGAAACACUGGGGCAGAAUUUGAAGAGAAUAAUUCUAAAUUUAAUAAAAAGAAAAAGCUUAAAAAUUUAAAAACAAAUAAAAAUGAUACAAAUCUUACAAAAACUUCUCAAAAUUAUGACACUGUUACACCUGAAAGUAAUACAAAAAAAUUACAAAAACCGGAAGACACAACUAAUACAACAGAUAGCAAGAAAAAUAAAAUUUCUAAUAAGAAAAAACAAGAUAUUGAGGAAUCAUCACUCGUUGAAGAAAAAUCGAGUGAUCCACAAAAUGAGGCCUGUUCAAAUUCUAAUAUGUUGAGUAAACGACAGAAGCGAAAUUUAAAGAGAAAGUUGAAAACGUCAGACAAUGAAUCUAAGUUCAACCAAGAUGUAUCAAGUCAGAAUGCUUUUAACAAAGAGCAAAGAAUUAAAAAACCAAAAACAGAAUACAAAAGGCGAAAGCCAGAUGUUGGUGUCACAAAAGUGAUAAUCAAUGGUGUGGAAAUUGAAAUCGUAAAGUUUGAUGGCUUUCCUAUCAAAAAGGAAGAUGCAGCUAGAUUGACAGAACUUAAACAGAAAUUAAUAAUGAAGGGUAUACCAAAAUCUGAAGUAGAUACGGCGAUGAAAUUGGAGAGACGCAGAGCUGAGAAAGCUUUAGCGCGUGUCAAAAAACUUGUUUGCUUCAACUGUCGCAAAUCUGGACAUAAUCUCUCGGAUUGUCCUGAGCUCGAUCGUGAGGAGACCAGCACAGGUAUCUGCUUCAAAUGCGGUUCGACAGAGCACACACAUUUCGAGUGCAAAGUCAACAGGGAGGCUACCUACAGAUUCGCCAAGUGCUUCAUCUGCCAUGAACAGGGACACAUUGCCUUGCAAUGUCCUGACAAUCCGAAAGGAGUUUAUCCUCAUGGCGGUUGCUGCAAAGUCUGCGGGGCUGUAACACACUUGAAGAAGGACUGUCCUGAUUUGGUGAACGCCAAGGAAGACAACGCUGUUACGGUAGAAAAAAUGGACAAUUCCGCCGUAGAAUCUCUUCAGGAAGAUGUAAAGAAGAGAAGCAAUCAGCGAUCUAAAAAUAAGAUUGUAAAAUUUUAGUAUAUAAUCGAACACAUUAUGCAAAAUCCUUGAAAUUUAUUACUUUCUGUAUCGUCAAAAUCAAUGUUCUCAAAUGAAGCAAAAAAUUCACACAUAUAUCUAGACUUCUUAUAAUCAUAUAUUUUUUAUCUAAAGAAAAUAAUUAUAUAUUUAAAAGUAAUAAUUAUUGACUAAUUCUAUUUUUCGAAGGUUUGCCUCGUUAUCUUUUAUCCUUUCAGGAAAAGUGAUUUUUCUUUUUUUAUAACAAAUAUAGCACGAAUUUUGUAAAAUAUGUAACAUAAAAACUUUAUCAUGUAUU